AUGUCGGGAGGCGGGUUCCAGUUUAAGUUUCCUGGUGGUGGCGGACCGCAAAAGCCCUUCCAGUUUGAUUUUCCUGCGGGAGGACAAAAAUCGGGAGGUGCUGGCUCUAGCGGAGCUGCAAUAGGCGGUGGGAAUGUUUCUGCAGAUCUCUUUUCACUGGAGCCUGAGCGCGGUCCUUCAC